CUGCCCUGCUGUGCUGUAUCAUGCAUAACAGCCAUGUCACCCAUCUGCUCCUCUCUCUGCUGUGCUUCGGGUUGACUGCCCAGUCUGAGCUGGAGACAGAUGAAGUGGUUCCCAGGCUGCUGUCCGGGCAGGAGGCGCACCUGUCCACCGACCACACUGUCCGCGCUGUGCGGCGCCGCGGUCAGCGCUCUGUGGACGCCCCAGGGGGAGGACACUCUGACCCGGAUAACAUAAUUCUGACACUGCCCGCUUUUGGAAGGGACCUGUAUUUAAAUCUGACGCGGGACAGUGCGUUUCUCUCGGGGGACUUCGUGGUGGAGGAGAGGCGCAGGGACCAGAGCGCAGCGGUCAGACCCUUGCCCGUGAACCAGCUCUGCUUUUUCUCUGGCUCCAUCGUCAACCACACGGACUCUCUGGCAUCAGUGAGCACCUGUGGCGGUCUGACUGGGCUCAUCCAGAUCGGGGAGGACAGCCUGUUCAUCCAGCCGGUGGGUGAAAACGACCCGUCACAGUCGUUCUCAGGACUUAAACACCAGCUGUUGCGACACCGACGCUCUGCCAAGACCAGCUCUGCUCCAGAGGCUGAUCAAUCCAGCUACUGUGGGACUAUACAAGUUGGGAAGAAGAAGGAGAAGAGGUCAAGAGUAGUCGAGGAGGGUCGUGGGAAAAGAAACGCCAUUCGCCUGCACGAAGCAUACACUGUGGAGACGGUGGUGGUGGCAGACUCGGACAUGGUGCAGUACCACGGUGCUGAGGCCGCACAGAGGUUCCUGCUCACUGUCAUGAACAUGGUCUACAACAUGUUCCACCACCAGAGUCUGGGAGUCAGGAUCAACAUUCGAGUCACCAAGCUGGUGCUGCUUCACAGCCGCCCUGAGACUCUAAAUGUGGGCCAUCAUGGAGAAAGGUCUCUGGAGAGCUUCUGUAACUGGCAGUAUCAAGAGUUUGGGGGGCCGCGGUACCUCGGCACCAACCACGUUCCUGGUGGAAGGGAUGACAUCCCACCCGUGGAUACUGCUGUGCUGGUCACCAGGACAGAUUUCUGCGUUCAUAAAGAUGAGCCCUGUGAUACUGUGGGUAUUGCUUAUCUGGGCGGCGUCUGCAGUGCCAAGAGGAAGUGUGUGCUAGCAGAGGACAACGGACUCAAUUUGGCUUUCACCAUUGCUCACGAGCUGGGACACAAUAUGGGAAUGAGCCAUGAUGAUGCCCACGCCAAAUGCACUGGUCACUCCCACAUCAUGUCUGGUGAAUGGGUGAAAGGAAGAAACCCCAGCGACCUGUCCUGGUCCUGCUGCAGCCGUGUGGAUCUGGAGAACUUCCUCAGGUCCAAAGCCAGUGCCUGCCUGCUGCACACAGACCCCAGGAGCCGCUACCAGGUCCAGCUGCCUCCCAAGCUGCCAGGCAUGCACUACAGUGUGGACGAACAGUGCCAGAUACUGUUUGGAACAAAUGCCACUUUCUGCAAUGACAUGGAGCACCUGAUGUGUGCUGGCCUUUGGUGUUUAGUAGAGGGAGAUACAUCCUGCAAGACCAAACUGGAUCCUCCUCUGGAUGGAACAGAGUGCGGAGCAGACAAGUGGUGCAGGGCAGGUGAGUGUGUCAGUAAGACUCCCAUCCCUCAGCAUGUGGACGGGGACUGGAGUCCAUGGAGCCAGUGGAGCAUGUGCAGCAGGACCUGCGGUACUGGAGUCCAGUUCAGACAGAGGAAAUGUGACAACCCUCCGCCUGGUCCUGGUGGACGACACUGUCAGAAGGCCAGUGUGGAGCACAAGGCCUGUGAAGGUCCUCCCUGUCCCAAGGGGACACCGAGCUUCAGAGACCUGCAGUGUUUGUCCUACGACCGACACGCCAGCAAGAAGAAGGGCAGCAUGCUGACUGCUAUUAUUAAUGAUGAGAAACCAUGUGCAUUGUUCUGUAGUCCGGUGGGUCGAGAUGUCCCAGCCCUGAUGGCUGACAGAGUGAUGGAUGGGACGCCCUGUGGACCAUAUGAGGCUGACCUGUGUGUUAACGGGAGGUGUCAGAAAAUCGGCUGUGAUGGCAUCAUUGGCUCUUCAGCUAGAGAGGAUCGCUGUGGUGUUUGUAAUGGGGAUGGUCGCUCCUGUAAGAUAGUGAGAGGAGACUUCAACCACACCAAAGGAAUGGGCUACAUCGAGGCUGUGGUUAUCCCUGCAGGAGCCAGGAGAAUCAAAGUUGUGGAGGACAAACCUUCACAUAGCUUUCUGGCCCUGAAAGACUCCAGUAAGAGAUCCAUCAACAGUGACUGGAAGAUUGAGCUUCCAGGAGAGUUUGAGCUGGCCGGGACCACGGUGCGUUAUGUUAGGAGGGGACUGUGGGAGAAGAUGUCUGCCAAGGGACCCACUAAGACCCCUUUACACCUGAUGGUGCUGCUCUUUCAUGACCAGAGCUAUGGGAUCCACUAUGAGUACACAGUGUCUCUGAACAUAUCUCAGGACAGGAGCAAUGAGGAGCAGAGGGAACAAGAGUAUCUGUACAUCUGGACACACAGCAGCUGGCAGGACUGUACUGUCCAAUGUGGAGGAGGUGAGCGGAGGACAGUGGUUUCCUGUAUGAGGAUAGCCAAUAAAACCAUGGAGGUGGUCAACGAUAGCUACUGUCAACUUGAGAACCGACCACAGCCCCAAGUACGACUGUGCAACUCUCACCCCUGCCAGUACCGGUGGGUGACGGGUGAGUGGGGGCCCUGCUCUGUCACAUGUGGUAAAGGUCUUCAGCAGAGGGAGGUGGCUUGUGUUUACCACCUACAGAACGGCUCGCUCAUCCACACCAGGGACCUGUACUGCCAAGGAGGAAAACCUCCUGUUCUGCAGGGCUGUGAGGGUCGCCUCUGCCUCACUGUGUGGGAGGCCUCAGAGUGGUCCAAGUGUUCAUCAGACUGUGGUCAAGGUGUUCGCAGACGGACGGUAUCGUGCACAAACCCCCAGGGUCUGUGUGAUCCUCUGUCCCAGCCUACUCAGGAGGAGCCCUGUGAGGACCACUCCAAAUGUUACGAAUGGAAGACUGGAGACUGGUCCAAGUGUUCGUCAUCCUGCGGGAAGGGACUGCAGUCACGGGUCGUCCAGUGUAUGCACAAAGUGACUGGUCGUCAUGGUAACGACUGCCCGGUGACACUGAGACCGCCGACCUACCGACCCUGUCACCACAGUGCCUGCAACGAGAAAAUCAAUGUGAACACCAUCACCUCUCCCAGGCUCGCUGCUCUGACCUACAAAUGCAUGGGGGACCAGUGGACGGUGUACUGUCGUGUGAUCCGAGAGAAGAACCUGUGUCAGGACAUGAGGUGGUACCAGCGCUGCUGUGAAACCUGUAGGGACUUUUAUGCCAAGAAAAUACUGCACAAGAGCUAAUGACCAAAUACACCUACUUUCCUCCAAAUAGUGCUCCAUUUUGUAAAUGUUUUUAAUAUUGUUAAAUAAGAAAACAAUUUCUAUUAUUGAUGGAACUUUUUGUAUUUAAAAAAGAAAAGUACGCAUACGUGUACAUUUGAGAUGGGCUCAUAAGCUUCUAGUUUUGAUGAAAACUUGAAAAUGUCCAGUAUUUCUUUUGCUGUACACCAAAACAAAGAGAAAAAAAAGCUGGGGGAGCCUUUCAAAGCCAAUCUAAGCGGCUUUAUUGCACAGACUGAUUGAAAAUAAGUGCUUGAUUUUGAAGUAGACUUUUUCUGGCAGGUCUAUCAGACAACAUGGGAGUUGGCCAGAGCUUUCCCCUCUCCUAUCCUCUUUAAUUAUUCUCUCCAUUGUAUCUUUUUUCCCCUGUCGUACUGUAUUAUAGCUAAAUGUUGCAAUUUCAAAUAACUAGUAAAUAGGUUUUUAUAGGUAAACUUAAGAUACUUAAGUAUUAAGUAUACUGUGUGUAAGUAUUGAUCAGGAGCCAUGGAAACAUACUGUAGGAUUACAGUAAAUCAGCCAGCUAAUGAUAGGAGACCCACUGAUCCACCGGCCUGUUUGAGGACUGUGGAUCGCCCAUGUAGCAGAACGUGGUGGAAGCAAAAACUUAUACUCUAAGGGUACGUGGUGUUUUGUUUCCUUUCUGAUGCAGUCCAGUUAAUGAUUUUAUAAAUUUCUUUCCAACAAUAUUACUCUGUUUAUUCUAAGAUUUAUUUAAAUUCACCAUUUAGAUCACCUGUGCACCUCAGUGAAAAAUUGUGUAAUGCAGUUUUAGUCAUUAGGCCAGUGAGUAGGUUGGUUGUCAGAAUGAGCAGCUUUCGUGGGCGGCUUCAGAGCUUGUCAUUCUGACCGUGUACAUGGUUUAGCUUGCUUAAAUCAUGCUGUUCCCCUCCAGGCCAUGAACACGUGUGAGCCCUCACAGCAGGGCUCUUGUGAUCCUACUCGGUAGUAGGAACAGAUCUCUUAGACAGUCUGACUUCCCUUGAAGCACAGUGAGACAUGUAGAGAAGAGCUGUUAACUCACAGACAGUGCACACAAACCAAAAUUAAGUUCAUGUCAAAAAUAUAUAAACAAGCCAAAUCUAAACCUUUUAAUUCCUGUUUUGUUUUUAGUUUUUUUUUUUUACACAGUGAAAUUGUUUUUACCACAAUGUAUUUCACCAUCAUACCUGACAAAGACCCCAUUUACACUUGUUAUUUCAAGGGUCUUCCAUCCUGAUAAAAUGCAGAUGCUAACACUUUUGUUAUACUUAGGCACAUGGAUGCAUCUUCGUUGGCCUGAUCAUCCGGUUACAUUUGGUCCUUCUUUUCCAGGCUAUAUGCAAAUAGGGUUGACUCCACUCCAGUCCAGGGGUUGGUGGUAAUACACCGGAAGCUUUAACUGAUGAAAAACACCAGAAGAAGAAUAACUUCUGCACUUUACAGUUUACUUACAAUAAUAACAGUUAAGCUUGCUAACAACUAUCCAUAAGCUAAUACAAUCAUAUGGGCUAUCUAUGAAUUUAGAGUGAGACAAGCUUUAUCGUCUUCCCAGCCUUCAGUCACUCAGCUCCCUCAUCCAUGCAGAUCACUGCUCUCUCACCGCUCACUGGCUGCCUAACCCUAACCCACAGUACACCUGCAGUGUGACAGUUUAGGUACUUAGAACAUGGGAUACUGUAUAAGCAGUAACAUUUUCUUGAAAGUCAGUGUGAUUAUUAUUGAAAAAUUCAGUAUUAUUUAAUUGAAGCCAACUUCCCAGUUUGCAUGUACUAUGCAUAGACAUUUUCUUACGCCUGUACAAAUGAGAGAGCCAAAUCUCAUCAUAAAUGUAUGUAAUAGCUUUUACAGUGGCAAGAAAAAGUAAGCGAACCCUUUGGAAUUAUCUGCAUUCAUGUAUUAUAUUUUUCUUAAAAUACACUUACAAUUAUGAUCGAACACAAUCUGUUUUAACUAAUAACAAAAUCAUCAUAUUGUUCUUGUCCCUAUUGAGUCCAUCAUUCAAACAUUCACAGUGUAGGUUGGGAAAAGUAUGUGAACCUGUCAGCUAAUGCCAUCAACAAAAGCUAUCGGAGUCAGGAGCUAACAAACCUGGAGUCUAAUCAAUGAAAAGAGACUGGAGGUGUGAGUUAGAGCUACUCUGACUUACUAAAAACACUCAAACAUUUUGAGUUUACUAUUCACAAGAAGCAUCUUCUGAUGUGAACCAUGCCUUUCAAAAAAGAGGUCUCAGUAGACUUACCAUCAAGAGUACAGAGGAGAAUACUCAAUAAGAUAAAAAAAAAAAAAACAAACCCAAACCCAAACUAAAUGUUUGAAGGCAUCAUCUGAGCUGGUUAACCUCCCUGUUCAUAAGUCUACCAUAUGUCAAACUUGGUGCAUGGUUUUCCAUGGCAGGACAGCACAAAGGAAGCUGCUGCUUUCCAUAAAAAGCGUCACUGUUCACCUGAAGUUUGCCAAAGAGCAGCUAGAGACUCCGCAACACUACUGGGAAAAUUGUUUGUGCACUGAUAAAACUAAAGUUGAAUUGUACAGGAAGAACACACUGCACGGUGUGUGGUGUAUAUACCAACAUGAUCAUCAUUGCAAUGACCCUAAACAUCAAAGUAAAGAAGUAAAGUAAAGAAAAUCAGCCUUUUGGACUCAGAGCCCAGACCUUAACCCCACAGAGAGGCUGUGGAAUGAGCUCAGAGAGACAUUCACUCCAGACAUCUUCAGAAUAUGUCUGAACUGAAGCAGCUCUGUAGGAACAAUGGUCCAAAGUUCCUCCUGAAUGUUGUGCAGGUCUGAACCACAGCUACCUGGAGAACUUGUCUGAGGUUAUUGCUGCUAAAGGAGGUUUGACCAGAUACUAAAUCCAAGGGUUCACUUACUUUUUGAACUAGCACGUUGGAUGUUUAACAGGGGUGUUCAGUAAAGACAUGAAAUAUUAUUGAUUGUAUGUUUUUAGCUUAAGCACAUUGUGUUUGUCUAUAUUUUUUGUCUUAGAUGAAUAUCAGAUCGCAUUUUAUGACCAAUUAAUACAAAAGAGCAGAAAAUUCCAGAGGAAUUUCUUACUUUUUCUUGCCACUGUAUGUCUGUACAUCAUUAUACUUUUUAAGCAUUUCAGGAAUACAGCACUGAGACUGCUGUCAGAUGGACCAGACCACAUGUAGAGGUGGUCACACAUUGUGAUAGGCUCUCAGCCAGGUGUAAAUGUCAUCUGCACAGUGUGACCACAUUUUUGAAGAGCAACUUAUCAGUAGAUGUUCAACUUAUUUUUGCUGAUCCCCAGUUAUUUAACUUCUUUUCUGGUGUUAGGUUGCUCUUUAAGUUAAAAUCCGUAGCAGCAUCACAUCAGGAGGAUCUUGACUAACUUUUACAGACACAAUAUGAAGAUCAUGUGACCAGCAGGGGUAGCUGAGCUAGUACUAGUUCUAGGAAGGUUCUCCAGAAUCAACAUAACGACAGCACACGUGUAAAUACAGAGGCCCAUGAUUGGCUGUCAUUAUGCAGAUAAAAUGACCCAGUUACAGGUCACCUGUUAAUCCCAGGUGGAGGAGGAGUCUGAGAGUUAAGGCUUCAUUUUUCACUGCUUUAAAUGCUGUUUUCAGAAGCUUUUUCCCCCUUUUAUUUUGUUAAAUUAUCAUUAGUAAAACUGGUGAUAAUUUAAAAGGUCAAACAUUCAAUACUUUGUAUCUACACUAAAUAUCUGUCACCAGCAGCUGCUGUUCAAAUUUAUCACCACUGCCUUAUUAACCCUUUUCAGAUAGUCAUGGAGCUCACAUGCAUCUGUGUGCGUGUGUGUUUGUGUUUGUGUGUGUGUGUGUGUAGGUGUAGGUGUGUGUGUGUGUGCCUGUGUAUGUGUUAACACAAAAGGCCUCAGUCUUUUCCAAGGGGUUGAAUGGUGCUAUCUUGUGACCUGUUUCACUAUUGUGGAAUUCAUCUUAUUGUCAGUGAUGGUCCUGCCAUCAUUGUUCACAAUUAUCUGUUGUGUAUGUUGGAGGGUUAUUUAACAACAUUGGCUUUUAUUGAUGUUUAUUAUUCCUGUACUGUACUUUUUUAGUUGCAGUAUGUUUGGUACAUAAACUGCCACUACAUGUAUUUUAUGGUGCUGAUUUGGAACUGAGUAAAUAAUCUGUUUAUACAGGGAUUUAACCAUUUGUCUGUUGUUCUGUGUAGUCACACUCUAUUUGUACUGUCAUCCACUUUGUGUCCAGUACUCAUCAGACCAUUCUGAGCAAGAACCUGAGUGAUUUUAUCAAAUUUUAUUCUAUUUCAAGUCUACUGUAAAGUGAUUCUCUUUUAUUUUGUUAAAUAAUAAAUAAUGUGAUUUACAUGGAAAAACAAACCUGUAUGACCCACUAUUAAGGUAUGUGGAUUUAUCAUUAAACCAGA